AUGAUACCCAAAGACCCAUUUAACAUCUUCACCUCUUGGAAUGAUUCCAUCCACUUGUGCAACUGGCAGGGAGUUACAUGCGGCCGCAAGCAUCAAAGAGUUACAGCCUUGGACCUAACUGGCUAUACCUUAGGUGGAUCCAUAUCACCUUACAUUGGCAACCUCAGCUUUCUUAGGGUGGUCAACCUCUCAGACAACUUCUUACACGGCGAAAUUCCACAACAAGUUACUCAUUUGCUCCGGCUACAAAAUCUCAGUCUAAGCAUUAACUUGUUAACGGGGAAAAUUCCAAGCAACUUCACCAACUGUCCUCAACUCAGAGUCCUGGACUUCGAAAGGAAUAAUCUUACUGGAAAUAUUCCUGUUGAACUCGGCUCUUUAAAGAGGCUUGUGAUGCUUGCGGUUUCCUCAAAUCAUUUGACGGGAGGCAUCCCACCUUCUCUGGGAAAUGUUUCUUCACUCCAAGUACUUGCCUUUUCGUAUAAUUAUUUCGUGGGAAAUAUUCCAGAUGAAAUAGGUAAUUUGCAAAGGUUAGUUUACUUCGGCGUUGGGAAAAAUGAUAUGUUUGGUACGAUCCCUUAUUCCUUUUAUAAUAUAUCAACUCUGAAGAGCAUUGAAGUCGUAUCUAACCGACUUAAUGGCACUCUUCCAGCCAACAUAGGCCUCACUCUCUCUAAUCUCCGAAUCUUGAACGUUGCUGGUAACAACUUCUCUGGUCCAAUCCCAGUUUCACUAUCUAAUGCUUCCCAGCUUGAAAUUCUUAUUCUCAUGCGAAACGAUUUCGUGGGACAAGUUCCAAUUGAUCUAGGCAACCUGCUAAAUCUCUCUUUUUUAGGUCUUAGUAGAAAUAAUCUUGGAAGUAAUUCAGUCAAGGACUUGGAUUUCUUAACAUCUUUGGAAAACUGCACAAAACUUGAAAAGCUAAGUUUUUUUGAUAACAAUUUCGGAGGCACUUUACCUGAUUCUAUGGGAAAUUUGUCGAAGCAACUCAGUUCUUUAUAUAUUUAUGACAAUCAAAUAUCUGGAAUUAUUCCUGCAGCAUUAGAGAAUCUUAUCAACUUAAGUAUCAGAACAAAUUGGAAGGAAACAUUCCAUCAAUCAAGUUUUGGAAACUGCAAAAGUUUGCAGUACUUAUAUAUUUCACAAAACAACCUUAGUGGAGUCAUACCACAAACAAGUCUUUCUUCCCAAUUACUUGGAAUCGACUUAUCAUAUAACUCAUUAACGGGCAUCCUACCCAUGGAAGUAGGCAAUAUGAAAAAUAUUCUGGAAUUGGAUGUAUCUGAAAAUAAUUUGUCUGGUGAGAUUCCUACAACCAUUGGAGAUUGCUUGAGUUUGCAAAAACUUUACUUGCAGGGUAAUUCAUUUGAAGGACACUUGCCUCCAUCUAUGGCUUCCUUGAAAGACCUUCACUAUGCAGAUCUUUCACGAAACAAUUUUUCGGGAAUAAUUCCUAAAGAUCUACAUAAAGUUUCUAUUCUACUGUAUUUGAAUCUUUCAUUUAACAAUUUGGUGGGCGAGGUACCAACAGAGGGAGUCUUCCGAAAUGCAAGUGCAAUAUCAGUGAUAGGAAAUAAAAAGCUUUGUGGAGGUAUCCCAGAACUAAAACUACAAGCAUGCGAUGUCAAAGUUAUGAAGCAAGGAAAAUCUCAUGUAUUCAAAUUGGCAGCCAUAGUUGUUUGUGGGGUUUUAUGUUUCAUCCUAUUUUCAUCAUUUCUUAUCCUUUAUAGGAGGAGAAAAUCAAAAAAAGAAUCAUCUUCUCUACUCCCCAAAACCAACUUUCUUUCAAAUGUUUCAUACAAGGAGCUCUAUCAAACUACUAACGGAUUUUCUCCUAGCAAUUUAAUUGGAUCUGGUAGUUUUGGCUCCGUAUAUAAAGGAAUUCUUGCUCAGGAAAAAAGGAUGGUUGCUGUGAAAGUGUUGAACCUUCGACAGAAAGGAGCUUCCAAGAGUUUCAUGGCUGAAUGCAAUGCGUUAAGAAAUAUACGGCAUCGGAAUCUCGUGAAGAUCUUAACUUGUUGCUCAAGCGUAGACUAUAACGGCAAUGAAUUCAAAGCACUAGUUUACGAAUUCAUGGCAAAUGGAAACUUAGACAAGUGGCUACAUCAUGAUAGAGACAAUGAAAGUCUACCAAGAUAUUUGAACCUCCUUCAAAGACUAAAUAUUACGAUUGAUGUAGCUUCUUCACUUCAUUAUCUUCAUGAUCAUUGUGAAACACCAAUCAUUCAUUGUGAUUUGAAGCCAAGCAAUGUUCUUCUUGACGAUGAUAUGAUUGCUAAAGUAAGUGAUUUUGGUUUGGCAAGGAUCAUCUCUAUAACAAAUGAUGCUUCUCAAAAUCAAACUAGCACAGUUGGUAUAAAGGGUACU